AUGGGAUGUUUUGGAAGCAAGGAUAAACUCUCGAAAGAGGAUAUGGAUUUCUUGAAGUCACAUACAAGAUAUGAUGAAAGUACCAUUAAAGAAUGGUAUAAAGGCUUUAAGCAAGAUUGUCCGAAUGGUCGACUAACACCUGCUAAAUUCGUCGAUAUGUACAAAAUGUUCUUUCCAUCAGGCAAUGCUGAAGAAUUUUGCGAUCAUGUAUUUCGAACAUUUGAUAUGGAUAAAAAUGGUUAUAUCGAUUUUAAGGAAUUUCUUUUGGCGAUUGAUGUAACAUCAAGUGGAACGCCUGAAGAAAAGCUGAAGUGGGCUUUUCGAAUGUAUGAUGUAGAUGGAAAUGGUGUAAUAGAUAUUCAGGAAAUGACAAAAAUAGUACAGGCAAUUUAUGAUAUGCUUGGUGCUUGUUCUUCAAACAAACCAGCUGAUUCAGCUGAAGAUAGAGCUAAAAAUAUUUUCGCCAAAAUGGAUGAAAACAAUGAUGGACAGUUGACGCAAGAUGAAUUCCUUAAAGGAUGCUUACAAGAUGAAGAGCUUUCCAAAAUGUUGGCACCUUAA